UGGGAACCCGCGGCGCGACGACGUCAUUCCUCGAGGAUGAGGUGUUCCUGGCCUUCUCCACCUACGCCACCAUCGUGGUGCUAAAGACCAUGUUGAUGGCGCCGCUCACCGCGUACUACCGCUUCACCCGUGGGGCCUUCUCCAACGAGGAAGACGUGCGGGGCAAGAGCGAGGAGCAGAAGAAGAGGCUGCUGCGGAACCAUCCAGAUGUGGAUCGCGUUCGCAGGUGCCACCAGAACGACCUGGAGAACGUGGUUCCCUUCGUGCUCGUCGGGCUCCUCUACUCGCUGACGGGCCCCGACGCGGCCACGGCCAUCACCUACUUCAGGGUGUUCGCCGCCUCGCGCCUCUGCCACACCGUGGCCUACGUCCUGCCCCUGCCCCAGCCCAGCCGGGCGCUGUCAUGGCUGACCGGGCUGGUGGUCACCUUCUGCAUGGCCUACAGUGUGCUCACUCACAAAAGGCUUCUGUAACGGUGGGGUUAUGACGGAGGGGGAUGGUGGGGCAGAUAGCAGACACGGCCUGUAGAGUAGGGGCCUUUAGACACUAAAGAUUGUGUCGACGCAAUAAAAAUGUCAAAAUACAUCAGUGCUAGUGAUCAUUGACGUUGUCCCUUGAAAGUGAUGAUUUUAUAGGUCUACAUGAUAGUGUUUAAUCUAUGACUUUGGGUGAGAUUGUUUUAUAAAUGAACGCAUGUAUGAAUGGUUUAUAAACACACAAUGUCACACUGAGUGAGAACAUGGCACUAAUUAAAACGGAUCAAACUAAGGUUUUUACCAUUUUAUAAUGAUGUCAAUAAAAAUACCCUGAAUCUUUGAAUAUAA